UUAGUUAAAUCUGAUUAUAAGUAAAAGUCGAUAAAUAAAGACAACUGUGGUUUUAAACAUCAAGUGUUUUUAGUUGAGAACUCGUACAACGAUUUUGGCGACGAGAAUGUUACGGUGUGUCGGUGAUUAAAGCGGAUAAGAAAUACAUAACCUAUCAUCGCACGCGCUUCGAAGACACGCGGUGAAUAAUAUGUUUCAAGAUUAUGCUGCAGGGUCCUCGGGACCGAAAUUUGACCCAUAUAAAGAAGCAAGCACACUUCCAGAAAGAUGGCGUUUGUGCAAGAGGAAUUUUCAAUAUUACAUAGAGAGCCAGGUUGGAUUAACGGCAAACAGAAAGUAGCGAGAUUACUGCAUCAAGCAGGGACAGAAGUCCAAGAAAUAUAUGAAAACAUAAAAGACGAACAGGUCGUCGGCACUACAGACUACGAAAAAUGUAUAAAAAGACUAGACUCAUAUUUUGAACCAGACGUAAAUAUUAAUUAUGAACGACAGAAGUUUCGUAAUAUUAAAAAGGCAAUGGAGCAAUUUAUAGUUAAGUUAAGAAAACAAGCCAUAUCUUGCGAUUUUAAGGAAAAAGAGGAUGCUAUAAAAGAUCAAGUUAUUGAGAGAUGUACUGACAUAACCCUAAAACUCAAGUAUUUUAAAAAAGGAAAGGACCUGACACUUAAUAAAAUCAUGGAAAUAUCAAGACUCUACGAGAUGGAAAAGGUGGUUAGCAACCAAAAUUUAAAGAAAGAAGAAAAAGACAAAGAACAAGAGAGUGUUAACAGGAUCAGCAAUGUGGAAUGUUACCGAUGUGGACGGAGAGGACAUUUUGCUAAAAGUGCAGAGUGCAAUGCAGCAAAUGAAAUAUGAAACAAAUGCGGGUUAAAAGGUCAUUUUGCUAAGUGCUGCAAGACAAAAAUAAAGAAAGACAUAAAGAAAAAGAAGAAGAUGGUUAAAUAUGUAAUAGAAUCCUGUUCAGAGGAUUCGGACAGUUCCGACGAUGAAAGUGAUAAUAAAAGUGUGUCAAAAAGUGUAAAUUCAGUGUUUACAGUGAUAAAUUCUAAGGACAGUAAGUUCGGGAUUAUAGUAGGUGAUCAUGUAUGUUCUCCUUUUAUUAUAGACACGGGUGCGCCAAUAAAUAUUAUAGACAAACAUAUGUUCAAAAUGUUUUUGAGAUCAGGGUUGGAUUGUCAACUCUUUGAUAAAACAGCUGAAAAAUAUUACGCCUAUGGAGGCCAGGAGGUCCGAAAAUUAGGAUUUAUUAAAACAGUAUUGUACUCUCCUGACAGUAAAAUUACAGUAGAUGCAGAGAUUCUUGUUUUUAAUGGAUGAGGGCCUUCUCUGUUAAGUAAAAAUAAUUCAAUCCAGCUGGGAUUGUUAAGAGUAGGACCAGAAGUUAAUUGUGUUAAUAAUAUCCUAAAUGAGGAUGACAUUUCUAACCAGUAUCCUAACAUUUUCAGGGGUAUAGGGAAGCUUAAAGAUUUCAAAUUGUCAAUACCUAUUGAUCAUCGUGUAAAAUUAGUAGCCCAGACUAUUAGAAGACAACCUUUUCAUGUUAGGAACAUAGAAAAAGACCUGAUUAGAGAGUUAGUAGACAAUGACAUUAUAGAACCAGUAACUGGACCUACCCCCUGUGUUUCUCCUUCACACAUAGUAAAGAAAAAAGAAGAAGGUCAAUAUAGACUUGUUGUUGAUAUGAGAAAGGCUAAUGAAUCAGUAAUGAGGGAACGUGUUUCAUUACCAACAUUUGAAGAACUAUUAGCAGAUUUAAACGGAUGUAAGUUCUUU